AUGGCACCUUGUAACGGGGUGGCUGCCCACGUGCCCGUUCCAAACCCCCCCUUCCUCCUGCCCGUGCUCCCGCCGGCAGCACCAGCUGCUUCGGAGACGGACAGACCGCCACGAGAGAGGCAGAAGGAUCCCCCGGCCUCGCCAACGCGUGGUGGACAGAGCAACCAAGGAGAAUGGGGAAGUUUACUUCCCUCUGAUCCAUCUCUGCCAAAUCCUGGAGGAAUUACUAAUGAAAAAGAUGGCAACUACAUUAAAGUUGGUCAGACGGGCAAAAUUAUUGGUGCCUUCAGAAGGCUCAUGGAAGAAGCGCGUGUGAAAGGGAGACGCAAGUGUGACACGGUGCUACAGAGGCAUGAUGGAUCGUACUUGGCUGAGUUUCUGCUGGAAAAAAGCUAUGAGGUGCAUGGCAUUGUUCGUCGGUCUAGUUCUUUUAAUACAGGCCGGAUCGAACAUCUCUAUAAGAACCCACAGGCUCACAUUGAAGGAAACAUGAAGCUGCACUAUGGUGAUCUCACGGACAGCACCUGCCUGGUGAAGAUCAUUAAUGAAGUCAAACCCACGGAGAUAUACAACCUGGGAGCUCAGAGCCAUGUCAAGAUUUCUUUUGACCUAGCAGAAUAUACUGCUGACGUUGAUGGGGUUGGCACUUUACGACUCCUAGAUGCUAUUAAGACCUGUGGCCUUAUCAACUCUGUGAAGUUCUACCAAGCCUCCACCAGUGAACUAUUUGGAAAAGUGCAAGAAAUCCCGCAAAAGGAGACCACCCCUUUUUACCCAAGAUCGCCUUACGGGGCAGCAAAACUGUAUGCCUACUGGAUUGUGGUGAACUUCAGAGAGGCCUACAAUCUCUUUGCUGUGAAUGGCAUCCUCUUCAAUCAUGAAAGCCCCAGGAGAGGUUAG